AUGGCAGAUGUUUCUUUAGGAACUUCUUUCCUUCCCUGUAGAAAAUAUCGUAUUUUUAGCAAAAAAUAUUGGUUAUUUUUACUUGUAAUCUUUUUAAGCGUACAUCUUAGCUAUGGAAGUAACCAKAGAUUGGGAUUUGCGUCGAAAACUCCAUAUUUUUUCAAAGAAGUGCAAAGCAAGUCACAUCUGUCAGCUGAAUGCAAGGUGAUUCACGUUAAUUUUCUUGGACGACAYGGAACACGAUAUCCCAGUCACAAAGAUAUCAAGAAGAUAAAUACCAUGGCACUUUUGAUUAACCAUCUGCACGCAUCUCAUGGAGGAUUUGCGUUUGAUAAGGUUCAAUUCCCUUGGGCUAGUCCAUUCCAAGAACAUCACGACAAAAGCUUGACAGAAAGAGGUGAACAAGAACUUUAUGACAUAGCCAAACGCAUGCGGCGUCGAUUCCCCGAGUUUUUCAACUCUAAUCUAACUAAUGAUCAUUUGAAAUUCGUCAGUACACAGACAUCGCGUACUUUGAAGAGUGCCAUGGCAUUUUCAAUUGGUCUUCUGGAGGGYACUGGGAAACUUGGCACGUGUGGCAUACGCCCAGUUGAUAUUGAAUCAACAGAUAUCCACAAUGAUACAAUYUUGAGAUUCUUUGAUGUCUGUCCUAAGUACUUGAACACUGUAUCCAAAAAUAAAACAUCUUUAUUCGAGCAUCAUGACUUUAAACACACCCAGCAUAUGACAGAGGUUGUCGAACAUGUGCGACAGCAGUUUGGCAAUAACCYUGCCAUAAUGGCCAAGCAUGUGAUAGGCAUGUUUAUUGCAUGUACAUUUGAGUAUGCAGUGUUUGACAGAAGUGAUACAUGGUGCUCAGUUUUUAGACCUGAAGAUAUAAAUGUCAUGGAGUACUACUACGACCUAAAACAUUUCUGGAAGAGAGGRUGGGGGUACGAGGUGAAUACCAAAAUGGCCUGCCCUCURCUUUCAGCCAUGUUUACAGAUAUAAAGAGUUUUUUAAACRCAAGUGAUGUUCACAGAAAAGCAGGAGUUUUCCGAUUUGCUCAUGGUGAAACACUUCARCCAUUGUACUGCUUACUUGGUCUUUUCAAAGACACUGAGAUGCUAAGAUCCAACAAUUUUCACCACCAUACYGAACGUCACUACAGAACCAGCAGUAUUGUGCCUUUUGGUGCUAACUUGGCUUUCGUGGUAUACAACUGUACUGUCRGUGAAAAAGAAGACUACAAGAUUGAAGUACUUGUGAAUGAGCAACCUAUUUCUUUACCAUGUUGUGCAGGAGAUACCAAGUGUCCAUGGGAGAUGUUUGUACAUUGUUUUGAUGAUAAUGUGAACAGCUGCAAUUUAGAAAGUAUAUGUGAAGAGCCUGACAACCAUCAUGAUGAGCUGUAAAAUCCUCGCUAAAUUUCUGAUAUAUUUUUAUUCUGAUAAACUCAUAAAA